AUGGCUUUCUUUGUAAAAAGUAUGAUAAGUAACCAGGUAAAGAAUUUAGGAUUUGGAGGUGGGGCUGAAGAAAAAAAAGAAGAAGGAGGCACAUCCGACCCAGCAGCAGCUCAAGGGAUGACUAGAGAGGAGUAUGAGGAAUACCAAAAGCAAAUGAUUGAGGAGAAGAUGGAAAGAGAUGCUGCAUUUACACAAAAAAAGGCAGAGAGGGCAUGCCUCAGAGUCCACCUCAGGGAGAAGUACAGGCUCCCCAAGAGUGAAAUGGAUGAGACUCAAAUCCAGAUGGCUGGGGAUGAUGUGGAUUUACCUGAAGAUCUUCAGAAAAUGGUAGAAGAAGAUCAAGAAGAGGAAGAAGAUAAGGAUUCUAUUCUUGGGCAGUUACAGAAUCUCCAAAACAUGAACUUGGAUACCAUAAAAGAAAAGGCUCAGGCCACCUUCACGGAAAUCAAGCAGUCAGCAGAGCAGAAGUGUUCUGUGAUGUGA